AUGCCAUCCUUACCCACCGCCUCUCUCGAUCAUGCAUAUCAAGCGCUUCUCAAGCGCGGUCGCCUGUCUACAAACACUUCUCAAGCAGCCUUGAUCACGCGUCUGUCCGCGAUACAACGUGGCCUCGACGCCGACACCACCACUCCACCAACAGGUCUCUACAUCCAUGGCUCGGUCGGAACCGGAAAAUCCUACCUGGCAUCUCUCUUCACGUCAACUCUGCCUUCGCACAUCUCCCGCCGACGAGCGCACUUUCAUGAAUUUAUGCUAGAUGUGCAUAGUCGUUUGCAUGUCGCAAGGUCCUCUUCUUCCGGCUAUGGUUCUUCUGAUCCUUUGCCGGUGAUUGGGCGUCAAAUCCAUGCGGAAAGCAAAGUGUUAUGUUUUGACGAGUUCCAAGUGACGGAUAUAGCGGAUGCGAUGAUUUUGCAGCGACUAAUGGGGGCAUUCUGGAGCGCGGGCGGUGUUAUGGUAGCGACCUCGAACCGGGAGCCAGACAAGCUAUACGAAGAUGGCUUGAACCGCGAACUGUUCUUGCCAUUUAUUGCUAUGCUAAAGUACAGAUGUGAGACGUGGGCGUUGGGCGGCUCACAAGAUUAUCGCUUAUUAGGAAGGGAUGCAGCAGAACAAGGACAGGAGGUCUUCUUCACCGAUCCUGCGGGAUACCGAGCCAGCCUUGAUGCUGUCACCAAAGGACAAAAGCUGAAACCUAUCGAGAUUCCAGUAAUGAUGGGAAGAAAGUUGCAGGUCACUGGUAUACCAAACUCAGAAGAACAAGACAAACUCACCGUCUCAUCAACCUUCACUGAACUCUGCGAGGCCAAGCUUGGUGCAGCAGACUACCACGCUCUCUGUCGAAAAUCAAAAACUAUCUAUCUAGAUGGGCUUCGCCGCUUCCGCCUCUCAGAACUCGAUUUUGUACGUCGCUUCAUCACCCUCAUCGACUUGGCAUACGAGUCUGGAACCAGAGUCAUCAUCUCCUCCAACGUCACCAUCGACGAGGCAUUUGCCGAAAUAGUGGAGAAUGAACGACAGCGAUUAAUGAGAAAGCAAGGAGGACUGAAGAUGACUGUCAAGAAGGGAGGUGGCAGCAGUUCGAGUAUGAUGAGUACAUUUGUCAGUGACGAUACAGAGUGGUCGGCGACAGGGCUGGCCGAGGCAAGUCUGGCGACUGGUGGUGCGGGCGAAACUGAUGUGGGAUUUGCGAUUGGAAGAGCUGUAUCUAGACUUCAUGAGAUGGGGUCCUCCAUGUACGGGCGGUUGGACUGA